UGACAUUUCGCUCAGUAAGAGUUAGCCCAAGGCUCAAUGUCGGGACAAGCUUCGCUACUUGAGAAAGACCCGCCAUGCCUCAAAAAUCUGGGAGUCAGUAUGGAUUCCACAGCGUGGAAGUCAUCACGACAACUGUUAACAAAAUCAAUUGUCAGCUCAAACAAUGGCGUUUGCUCUGCUUCCUUCUUACAAGAUUCAUCCGAAUCAUCGUGAUUUCAUCAAUCCAACCCACUCGCGCUAACUCCCAUCAUGUCGCGAUCGAUAUCCAUUGUGAAAGGGUCUCGUGCGCUCUUUAAACAAUAUACACGACCGGCUUCUUGCACUCCUUUCGCUCCCUUGCUAUCGCAAUGGCAUGUCAGAAAUAGCUCCCAUUCUCCCAUGGGUUCCGCGGGCGGAAACCUUCGAAAGAAAGUUACUCUCAAUACCCUCCGUGCGUUGUAUAAAAAAGGAGAACCAAUUACUGUCCUGACUGCCCAUGAUUUUCCCAGUGGACAUGUCGCUGAUGCGGCCGGCAUGGAAAUAGUUUUGGUUGGGGAUAGUCUGGCUAUGGUAGCAAUGGGAAUGGAAGACACAAGUGAAGUCAUCUUAGAGGAAAUGUUGUUACAUUGUCGUUCUGUCUCUCGUGCUGCGAAAACCUCCCUUCUUGUAAAUUACCCCUCCAUACACCAAAUUACCCCGCUAACAUUUUCAGAUUGGCGAUAUGCCUAUGGGAUCAUAUGAGAUAUCCCCUGAACAAGCACUGGAAACAGCCAUCAAAUUUGUCAAAGAUGGCCGUGUUCAUGGAAUUAAACUCGAAGGCGGGAUCGAAAUGGCACCAACAAUUAAAAAGAUCACAAGUGCCGGAAUACCCGUCCUGGGUCACAUUGGUCUAACACCCCAACGUCAAAACGCCCUCGGAGGUUUCCGUGUGCAAGGCAAAACUUCUGCCACUGCCAUGAAAGUUCUCGAAGAUGCACUUGCGGUACAAGAAGCAGGGUGUUUUGCGACCGUCCUAGAAGCAGUUCCCGCCGAAGUUGGAGCCCUCAUCACAAAGAAACUCUCCAUUCCCACCAUUGGCAUUGGCGCUGGAAACGGCUGCUCUGGACAAGUUCUAGUCCAGGUAGAUAUGACUGGGAACUUUCCGCCAGGCCGAUUCCUUCCCAAAUUUGUCAAGAAAUAUGGAGAUGUAUGGAGUGAGAGUAUGAAAGCAAUCGAAGCGUACAGAGACGAGACCAAAAGUCGUGCCUAUCCUGCCCCCGAACACACCUAUCCCAUACCUAAGGCCGAGCUCGAGGAAUUCGAGAAAACUUUGGACGCAUAUCGAAAUUGAUUCUAAUUUUGGAAAUUUCCUUUUGGUGAUAUCGUAGAGGCCGGGGGUUUUUUGCUUCAUAUAUUUGGAGGCGUUUGUUUAGAUUCCCGUCGCAGGAUAUCAUUUAGAAAGGGUGGCACCCGUCGUACAUAGAGAGCAUAAUGCAUAGUCAAAUUCAAAUCGG